AAAAAAAGCUGCUGUCUUCCUUAAGAGUUAUCUUCGUCUUUGAUAUAAUCAUUAGGCAUUCCCAGCCUUAGCACACUUAUCCUCGACAUGUCACGCUCACUGUAUAGAUCUGAGGACGUCUCUUUGGUGCAGUUAUACCUGCCGACGGAGUCCGUCAGGCCCAUAAUGUUGGCAUUAGGGGAAUUGUCAACUAUUCAUUUCAAAGAUCUAAACAAAGAUGUGGUAGCGUUUCAUAGGUCUUUUGUUCGAGAAAUUCGACGUUUAGAUGAAGCUGAACGUCAACUACGUUACCUUCAUUCAGAGAUUGCCUUAAACAGCAUCAAUAUUCCCGAGCAUCAUCUUCCUAAAAAUUAUGAAAUUACCUUAGAAACGACCACAAUCGAGGAUAUAAUUGAGAAGAUCUCUCGCUUGGAGGUGCGCGUCAGACAACUAGUGGAGUCAAGCCGAGCACUGAACAUAAAGUAUCUUCAACAAUUAGAAUAUUCAAACGUCUUGUCAAAAGUUGAUUCCUUUUUCGCAAAAAGUACCAAUGCUCAUAAUCCUCUUAAUGUCAAUCCCGAUAGUGGUUCCAUUAUGGCUGGAGAAGACGAUGCAACUGCUCCGCUUAUCGAGAACGCUUUAGAAUUAGGAACUACUGGUUCUUUUAAUAGUGAAGAUACUGGAGCUCGAACUUCUAUUUCUCUUGAUUUUGUUACAGGUAUUAUCCCGUCUGUGAAGUUUCAAUUUUUGGAACGAAUCCUUUGGCGUACUCUCCGUGGUAACCUCUAUAUUUACCAAACCCGCGCUGACGAUUCUGUCAUCCAUGGUACCGAAGAUGCUGAAGAAAAAACAGUGUUUUUAGUUUUCGCCCAUGGUACUCAAAUUCUUUCCAGAAUCCGUCGAAUCUCAGAAAGCUUAGGUGCCACCCUCUUUUCCGUUGACGAAGAUUCCUCCAUUCGCGCUGGGCAAGUUCAGCAGGUGAAUGGAAAUAUCAGUGACAUUUUUGCCGUAUUAGAAAACACUCGCUCUGCUCUUUACACAGAACUUGCUUUCAUUGCCGAACACAUUUCUUCCUGGGAAUCUAUUUUACAUAAGGACAAGGUUGUUUAUCAAGCUAUGAAUUUGUUUAGUUAUGAUCAAAACCACAAGUGCCUUAUCGCUGAAGGAUGGUGCCCAACCACUAACCUUCCGCUGGUACAAAAAACGCUUCGUGACAUUUCUGAUUUAGUUGAUUCUCAAGCGCCGUCUAUUCUUAAUAUCAUUCGUACUUCAGAAACUCCCCCUACCUAUUUCCGAGUAAAUAAGUUUACUGAAGCUUUUCAAUCGCUUAUCGAUUCUUAUGGGGUGGCUACUUAUCGCGAGGUGAACCAUGGAAUCGUUGCUAUUGUCACAUUCCCUUUUUUAUUCGCUAUUAUGUUUGGUGACUUGGGCCAUGGCGCAAUAAUGGCUUGUGUAGCUCUAAUGUUUAUAAUGCACGAGAAGACCUUGGCUGCCAAGAAGGAUUUGGAUGAAAUUCUAGGCAUGAUCUUUUACGGCCGUUAUAUGGUACUUUUGAUGGGUUUAUUCUCUAUGUACGUUGGUUUCAUUUAUAACGAUUUAUUCAGUAAACCAAUGUCUAUCUUUACUUCUCGUUGGGCAUGGCCUGUAAAAAGCGAAGAUACUGCUGCCAAAGCUAUUCAAACGGGCACAUAUCCAAUAGGUAUUGAUCCUGCUUGGCAUAGCGCGGACAAUAAUCUUUUGUUCAUGAAUUCUUAUAAAAUGAAAGUUUCUGUUGUCAUCGGUGUUAUCCAUAUGACUUAUUGUCUCUUCCUUUCUUUGUCAAAUUAUCGAUUUUUUAAUCGUAAAUUGGAUAUAUAUGCCGUUUUCCUUCCAUCCCUUAUAUUUUUGGAAGCAAUUUUUGGAUAUCUCGUUGUUACAAUUAUAUAUAAAUGGAGUGUGGAUUGGAAAGCUAACAACUGGCAGCCUCCUAGCUUACUGAAUAUGCUCAUUCUCAUGUUUUUAUCACCUGGAAAAAUUGAAGAGCCUUUGUUUAGAGGUCAAAAACAGUUACAAAUUAUCCUUGUCCUUGCUGCCUUAAUUUGUAUUCCAUGGCUCUUAUGUGCUAAACCUUAUGCUUUAUGGCGAGACCAUCGCCGACAAGAUGCCAAGUAUCAAUCUGUUGACGAUUCACAAAAUGUUGAUGAAGCUGAAGUCUUGCUUGACGUUGAAAAUGAGGUGCCCCAAGAAGAAGGUUUUGAUUUUGGUGAAAUCAUUAUUCAUCAAGUCAUUCACACUAUUGAAUUCUGCUUAGGUUGUAUCUCCCAUACGGCUAGUUACCUUCGUUUAUGGGCUUUGUCGCUGGCUCACAACCAACUUUCGACCGUUUUGUGGAACAUGACUUUAGCUAACGCAUUUCGAAUGACAGGUGUAGUUGGUUCCAUCUUCAUAGUAAUCCUUUUCGCGUUUUGGUUUAUAGUUACGUGCCUUGUUUUGGUGGCUAUGGAAGGUACUAGUGCCAUGCUUCACAGUCUUCGUCUACACUGGGUGGAAGGCAUGUCAAAACACUUUGAAGGUGAAGGUUAUGCUUUUACCCCUUUUACCUUUCUGCAAUCGGCGGCUGACUGAAUAGAAUGAAGUUUCCUUUGAUUAAUAUUCCAAAAAUUGAGCCAAACUAAUAAGUUGCUUUUAAUUC